AUGAGAAAUCAUUCAGCAGUAACAACGUUCAUCUUACUGGGUUUGACAAAUGACCCACAGCUAGAGAUUUUGGUUUUUAUCUUUCUGUUUAUCACAUAUAUAUUAAGUGUAAUUGGGAAUCUGACCAUAAUUUCUCUCAUCUUUGUGGAAUCUCAUUUGAAAACAGCUAUGUAUUUUUUUCUUCAAAAUUUCUCUUUCGUAGAAAUCUCAUUCACAACUGCCUGUGUCCCCCCAUACCUGUACAUCAUAUCAAGUGGGGACAGAACCAUCACUGUCAAGGCUUGCUUCAGCCAAAUCUUUUUUAUUGUCCUCUUUGGAGCUACAGAAUUUUUUCUCUUGGCUGUGAUGUCCUACGAUCGCUACAUGGCCAUCUGCAAACCCCUGCAUUAUGUGACCAUCAUGAACAGUAGAGUCUGCAGGAAUCUCAUCCUCUGUUGUUGGCUAUCUGGCUUAUUGAUUAUCAUUCCACUGCUUGUUUUGAGUCUCCAUCUGGAAUUCUGUGACUCUGAUAUUGACCAUUUUUAUUGUGAUGCUUCUCCAAUACUGAAGAAUUCAUGUUCAGAUACUUGGUACAUAGAACAGCUUGUUGUAGUCUGUGCUGUGUUGACCUUCGUAGCAACCCUUGUAUGUAUAUUUCUGUCAUACAUAUACAUCAUUAGGACAAUUCUAAGAUUACCUUCUGUCCAGCAAAGGAAAAAAGCCUUUUCCACCUGUUCUUCCCACAUGAUUGUGGUUUCCAUGACCUAUGGCAGCUGCAUAUUUAUGUAUAUCAAGCCUUCAGCUAAGGAUGAAAUGGCCAUUAAUAAGGCAGUUUCUCUACUCACUAUAUCUGUUGCCCCUAUGUUGAACCCCUUCAUUUAUACCCUGAGAAAUAAACAAGUAAAGCGGUCUUUCCAUGACACCCUUAAAAGACUUGCAUUUCUUUCACAGAAAUAUUAG